CGGGUAACGAUGAUGGUCUCGGGGGUGAAUCUCGGUGAUGGAAGUUAAAAUCUCCCUCGGUCCCAUAGCAAGUACGCACAGUAAUUGGCCGUGAAAGUAACGGCGAUACUUUUGGUGGCAGGAGGGAAAGUUGAAGAGCGGAGAACUAUAUUAAAAGCGAAGUAAACGAGUGAACGGAAGCGGGCUGUAAUCGAGCAUCCUGGAGACACAUCGAAGGAAACUCCGUCAUUUUCGUCUCGAGAAUGAAGAAGUUUUUAGAGGCGACAGAACAGUCUCUGAUGUGUAGCGAGGCUGUUAUAUGGCAAGCCAUUACACAAGUGCGCAAGUUGGUUACCCCUGGAAGUGAAAUGAAGACCAUGAUUUAGCCCCGGGCUUUAGCCCCUAGAUCCUUUUGCGGGAUUCUCGCGCGCGGCAGCUCUCGUAAGCGGUCGUCUAAUUUGAGAAUGAGCGGUCUACCGAGAUCCUCAUAUGUGCGAGAGAUCUUUAUGCUCGCCAGACGCCGCGAGAUUAUCUAAUUAUCAUUUAGUGAACCACCUGCACGUCUGCAUACGAAUAUGUGUGAGAGCGUGUGCGCGGAGAACCUUAUUUCGGGGAGACUCUUCACUUGUCCGCGAUUCUUCUCGCAACAUGCACAACCGGUGUUCUCGGAUAUAACCACAGGCGAUCGUUUUACGAUACAGUUUACAUGCUUUCACCAGAGUGCACGAUGUUACGGUCGAGGUUUUCUUGGGAUUUUGGGAAUUGAGCGACAAGAUUAGGAACUAUGGGCUUCUUUCAUCGACUGUCGCAACGCAGUAUUUUACACAAGUGACAAGAUGCCUGUUUGCCUCGAUGAAAACGUCAUAUUCUUGAAAACUGCCUUUUUGUAUAAUUAAUCGACGAAAUGGAAGCUAAUAUUGGAUUAGCUGGUCAAACACGUGUACAGGAUGAGGUCGGGAUCAAGUGUCAAAAAUUGUUUCAAGAUUUCCUGGAGGAAUUUAAAGAAGAUGAAGUGGUUAAAUAUCUGGAACCAGCUAAAGAGCUUGUCAGUCCAGAGCGGUGUACAUUGGAGGUGUCUUUUGAAGAUACAGAAUCGUAUAAUCAAACUCUGGCUACAACCAUAAUCGAAGAAUACUUUAGAGUAUACCCAUUUUUAUGUCAAGCAGUUUGUAAUUUUGUCAAAGAUGUAGGCCAGUUACAAAAAGAUAAGGAAUGUUAUGUUAGUUUUGUCGAUGUACCGACUAGACAUAAAUUAAGAGAAUUAAACACAUCACGAUUGGGUACUCUGGCACGUAUAUCCGGACAGGUGGUACGAACACAUCCAGUUCAUCCAGAAUUAAUUUUUGGUACAUUUCUUUGCAUGGAUUGCAAUGCAAUAAUCAAAAAUGUAGAACAGCAAUUUAAGUUCACAAAUCCAACAAUCUGUAUUAACCCAGUAUGUAGCAAUAGACGACGUUUUCUGUUGGAUGUAGAUAAUUCAGUAUUUAUUGAUUUUCAAAAAGUCAGGAUACAAGAAACGCAAGCUGAGCUUCCUAGAGGUUCUAUACCUCGCUCUGUUGAAAUCAUUUUGAGAGCUGAGACAGUUGAGAUGGUGCAAGCUGGUGACAGAUACGAUUUUACAGGAACUCUUAUAGUAGUUCCAGAUGUGGGAUCAUUAUCUGCAUCAAAUUCUAAGGCAGAGAUUGCACCAAAAAACAGAAAUAAGGAACAAAGAGAGGGUGUAAGUGGUCUUAAGGCACUUGGUGUUAGAGAGUUGACAUAUAAAACGGCAUUUCUCGCUUGCAGUAUUACCGCUACAAGUUCAAGGUUUGGAGGUACAGAUUUGGCAAUGGAAGAAAUCUCACAAGAGAUGAUGAAAAAACAAAUGUCAGAAGCGGAAUGGAAUCGCAUUUACGAGAUGAGUCGUGACAAAAAUCUGUAUGAGAACCUAGUAUCUAGUUUGUUUCCCGCAAUACAUGGCAAUGACGAAAUUAAGAAGGGAAUUACAUUAAUGUUUUUUGGUGGUGUACCGAAGACUACAGAGGAGUGUACGUCUUUAAGAGGAGAUAUUAAUGUCUGCAUUGUCGGUGAUCCUAGCACUGCAAAGUCGCAAUUUCUUAAAUGCGUAUCUGACAUUUCGCCUAGAGCGAUUUACACGUCUGGAAAAGCGUCAAGCGCGGCUGGUUUAACGGCUGCAGUGGUGCGAGAUGAAGAAUCGUCAGACUUUGUCAUAGAAGCUGGGGCAUUGAUGCUCGCAGAUCAUGGCAUCUGCUGCAUCGACGAAUUCGAUAAAAUGGAUCCAAAAGAUCAGGUCGCGAUUCAUGAAGCUAUGGAGCAGCAGACCAUUUCAAUAGCUAAGGCUGGUGUGAGAGCAACUCUAAAUGCUCGUACAUCUAUAUUAGCAGCGGCAAAUCCCAUCGGCGGACGAUACGACAGGAGAAAGUCAUUGCAGCAAAAUGUCCAAUUAACUGCACCUAUCAUGUCGAGAUUCGAUUUGUUUUUUGUUGUGCUGGAUGAAUGCAACGAAAUUGUUGACAAUGCUAUCGCCAAAAGAAUCAUAGAUUUACAUUGUGAUAAUUUGAAUGAUCUUCAAAUGAUUUACAAGCAAGAUGAGAUUAUUAGAUAUAUUAAUUUUGCUAAGCAUUUUAAACCUGUUUUAAGUCGGGAGGCUGCCGAUCUUUUAGUAGAAAGUUACACGGCUCUUAGACAAAGAACGGGUAGCGGAAGUGGCAAGUGGAGAGUCACCGUGAGACAAUUGGAAAGUAUGAUUAGAUUGUCUGAGGCGCUGGCAAAACUAGAAUGCGUGGACGAAGUGACAGUGAAGCACAUCAGAGAAGCAAAACGAUUGUUACAGAAGAGUAUAAUUACAGUAGAACAGCCUGAUGUAGACCUUGAAGAAGGUGAAGAUGCGAACUUAGGAAUGGAUGUUGACGAGCCACCACCACUCAUGGCAGCACUUAAUGCAUUAGACAAUAAUGUUGAUGCACCGCCUCAGACACCGUCUAACGGAAUAAGCGAAUCACCGAAGAAGAAAUUAACAAUGUCCUUUGAGGAAUACAAAAAUCUAUCGAAUAUGUUAGUGCUCCAUAUGAGGAGCGAGGAAAAUCGUGCAGAAAGCGAAGAUGAUAAUAAAGGUGGCAUACGGAAAUCCGAAUUAGUUGCAUGGUAUCUUGAUCAAAUACAAGAUCAAUUAGAUUCAGAAGAAGAAUUAUUAGAACGGAAAAGUUUCAUUGAAAAGAUUAUUGAUAGAUUGACAUAUCAUGACCAAAUUAUAAUACCUCUAACAAUGACUGAUUUGAGAAGUAAAGAUAAAGAGGACGAAGAAGAAGAGGAUCCUUUACUUGUUGUACAUCCCAAUUACGUCAUAGAUAUAUAAUUUUUAUGCAUUCAUAUAUUAUAUUGAUUUUAUAAUAAAAAACGUGCCUUUGAAAGAGAACAAUUUAGUUCUAUGAUUUGUCUUUUUGCAGGAAAAAAAUACGCAU